AUGACAGUACAUAAACUUAUUAUCUUAAGACACGGAGAAUCGCAAUGGAACCACGAGAACAAAUUUUGUGGGUGGAUAGAUAUUCCAUUAUCAGAUAAGGGUAAAACAGAAGCCGUUUAUGCUGGCGAAUUAAUUAAACAACAUAAUCUUGAUCCAGACAUCUUAUUCACAUCCAAAUUAAAAAGAUCAAUUGAAACCGGGUUGAGUAUAUUGGAAGUUUUACAUAAACCUUGGAUAGAUCAUAUUAAAACUUGGAGAUUGAAUGAACGUCAUUAUGGGAAAUAUCAAGGAAGAGAUAAACAUGAAGUUUUCCUUGAAUUGGGUAAAGAUAAAGAAAAAUUCCAAUAUAUCAGAAGAAAUUAUCAUGGAUUACCUCCAUUAGUUGAAAUUGGCCAAGAUGGAUCAAUUGAUGAAAGAUAUAACGAUAUUAUGAAUAAAGAAAUAUUACCACGUGGAGAAUCAUUGCUGAUGGUUAUGGAAAGAUUGAUUCCAUUUUUCAAAUAUGAAAUCUUGGAUAAUGAGAUGAUUCAAAAGAAUAAAACCGUUUUAAUUGUGACACAUGGAUCAAUUGUCAGAAGUUUAAUCAAAUAUCUUAACCAUGUAAGUGACGAUGACAUUUCCAAGAUUAAUGUACCUACAGGAAUCCCAUUGGUAUUUGAAUUGAAUGAUAGGGGAGAAUUGAUCAAACCAUAUUAUUAUCUAGAUAAAGAAAAGGCAGAAAAAGGAAUUGCAAAAGUUAAAAUGGAAGGUCUUGAAACAAACAGACCCCAGGAGGGUAAAUUAUAA